GGAGAGCAGUUACAGUUUGGUUCUGUGAGACCCUCCUGCUCGCUGGCUUUUCCCACCUCCGCGACGUUCUUUUUCUUGGGGGGUAAAAUUUCAUCUCUACUAGUAGCAGAGUAUAUUUGCUGAUUCUGAAAGCCUGCUCACGCCAGGAGGACAGCAAAGCAUCUGUGCAUCCGAAAGAGCGAGCUGCUCUGUCCCGAUGCUCGCCUUCAGACUCGAGGCCCCUUUAUUCUCUAGAGCUCGUCACGCCUUGGCGAUCGAAAUAGGUCUCCCACGCUCGCGAUUCCGCUUCCCGCGCCUCGAUUCGUCAAGUGGACCUGGCAUCGAGAGGCCUCGGGUGCCUUUGGCUCAAACAAGAAAGGCACUUUUCGCGACCAGGUCACUUUUAGGCAGCUCAGGUGUAGCGUCAAGGACCAGCUCCGCUAGCAGUUACAUUGUUACCAGCCCUGCUGACAGCUACAACAGCAGCCGCAUUUGCCGCUGCUGCUGCAACAGCGUCAUCGUGAGGAGGCGUUCUUAUUUCGACCCAGCAGUUUCUCGCCGCUGUUUCGACCCGGCUGUUUCUCGCCACUGUUUCAUCGCAACAGCAGCAGCAGCAGCAGCCAUGGCUUCCGACGGCGGGCCUGUCACAGCGAGCAUCAGUGUGACGCCUGCUGACGUGGACAAGGCGGCUGACGAGAUUCUCGUGUACUGGUUUGGCGACUUCAUGGCGCCUGGCUAUGCGGGCCCACCCCCGGCAGACGAUGAUGUGGCAGCGAAGCAGCCUCUCUGGUUCCGCAAGGAUGCUGACGUGGACGCCUUCAUUAGCGCCAGAUUCGCUCCCCUCAUCCCGCUCGCUGCAUCGGGCCAGCUGGCAGGCUGGGAAGACACGCCACGUGGCGCGCUGGCAUUGGUCGUGCUGCUGGACCAGUUCACGAGGAACAGCUUCAGGGGAUCGCCUGACUCCUUCGCCCAGGACGUGUUGGCUCGUGAUGUUGCGAAAAGGGCCAUAGCCAAGGGGUUCAACACGCAAUUUCACCUCCGCAUUCGAUCCUUUUUCUACAUGCCCUUCAUGCACUCAGAAGAUUUGCCCGAUCAGGACCUCUGUGUGCAGCUGUUUUUGCAGUCGGUGGCCGAAGCACCCGAAGGCCCUCUCAAAGAGUCUCUGGCCCAGUGGGUGCAGUUCGCUCACAAGCACCGCGACAUCAUUGUCAAGUUUGGGCGGUUUCCACAUCGUAAUGAGGUGCUGGGGAGAGAAAGUACAGCAGAAGAGGUGGAGCAUGUGGCAACCCAUGGGGGGUUCUAGAUUUAGAGCAGUCUCUGCCCCAGUGGGUGCAAUCCGCUCACAAGCACCACAGCAUCAUUGUAAAAUCCGAGCGGUUUCCACACCGAAACUAGGUGCUGGGGAGAGAGCACGGCAGAAGAAGCUGAGUAUGUGGCAACACAGGGGGGGUUCUAUUCUAGGGGGGAAUUGAGGAGGAAGGUGCGUGAAGAGGAGCAGAUGAGGAAGAAGAGAGGAGGUAGAGGAGACUUUUCGGGUAGUAUGCGAGUGCAAAGCGGCUUGAGAAAAAGUUAUGAGGCAAUGUGUGCACUCAAGAGGAAUGAACAUGUGUUCCUAGCAUGCAGGUAUACUUCAAGUUUGUCUGCUGCGAUUUUCCCUAAGAUCCAACAGACUUGGUCUGUUUGAGCAGAUAGGACAUCAGUUUGUCAGGCAUUAAUCAAACAAGGA